AUGGACUGCACCCAGAGCCCAUAUGGACUAUAUAACCCCGAUACUGCGCACCUGUUCUCUUAUGCCGAACGAGAAUACGCCGAGAUGCUGGCGCUAUACGAAGCCAAACCUGAGGAGGUCGAUCUACAGAUUGACGCGCGGUGGCCGGAUGUCCACAUCCCUGCCUACUCUCCACCUCCGGAUGAAAGGACCAACGACUCUGAAGCAGAGCCCUCGUCUAGCGGCCAGGACAUCCUUCCAGUCCCUAUCUUUCCUUGUGCCACUCCGGAGGACGUCAGCCAGCGGCCUUGUACUCCCACCCCAGGUCCCGGAGCUGGAGGCUCGUCGUCUAGCUCGUCCUCUAAGCCUACGAGUACUAAGGGCCGCUCACCGUCGAAGCCGUGCACCCCGAAGAGACAGCUUCCACGUCGGGAGUGUAAAGACGUAGCUGAUCGCAACCGCGAGGAAACCCUUAAAGCAAAGCAGGAGAAGAAGGAACUCAGGAUGGCUCGAAAGUCCCUCAAGCCUUAG